UUUCCUAAUCCCCAAGCACCCAUUGGGGAAGGCAGACUGUGAUGGGACAACACCUAUUUGCCUGGGGGCUGCCCAGCUUAGGCAGGUGGGAGCUGUCCAAUGAGAGCUGAGGAUCUCUCCCACCGUCAUAAGCAACCCCUGGUGUUAUGCUCUAUGCCAAUUGAGCUGUAGCUUAUAACUGGUAAACUGCUGCUUCCCGUGUUGUUUCGGCGCCAUUAGUCGAAGCUGGAGUUACUUCUCCAGGGCGCAAGCCAGGGCAGGAUAAUAUAAAAAGAAGAACAAGCUGUUGCCCAUGCAGCAGGUCCCCACUUCUCUACACUGUUGAUGAACACAAAGGAGCAGCAGAAGCCGGUACAGUUUGGCACCAAACAAUGUCGCAGGAGUUGCCAGAACGUUGCUGAAACAAGGACUCCAGCUCUGGAUUUUUCUUCAGAGUUGACUCUCGAAGCAGAGGUUUGAAAUCAGAGUUUUCCUUCUCCUAACCUUAGAAUAGGUAAAUAGGACCACUCUUUGUCUGGCCUCUCACCUGGGACCAAUUUGCCUAGGGAGACCCUACCAGGAGAUUAAGCUCCAGAUAACACAGCCCCCAGGGUCAAUGAGGCACUCAAACCCCUCCACCGCGUUAAGGUUGUGAUCCAAGGAGAGGACAUAGUAGUGUCAGGUUUGUUCUUAUCAAAGUGUCUUUAAGACAAGUCAUGUCACUAGGCGGCCAUCUUUUAAACGCCUCUCAGGCAUCCAAGUGCAGCUCCUAUCUCUUUUUCCCCAUUCAAAACUAUACAAGUAUAAUGUCUUGGGUAUUCUAUAGUCUUUGUUCUUAUCCAGUAUUGUCAGUGCAGUCAAAUCGAUAAUAUUCCUGAAAGCUGAUUCUCUUUUAAGUCUCCUUUUAAACCCCAACAAUUUCUCCUCUGAUCUAACAGUACAAACCUAUUAAAUUAAAAUUCUUAAAUAAUUUCAGUGCAAAAGAAUUUUGUCCACAGAUUUCACACACAAUGUGCGUAUCCAUAUGUGAAUGAGACACAUUGUUUUUACUAAAUCAUAAUUUGGGGAAGUUUAGAAGUUCCUCAAAACAUGACCACUAAUAGGAAGUGAAUUAUAAUUACUAUAAUUAAAUGUCAUACAUGGAAAUGAUUAGUUUUUUAUCUAAUUAGUUACACAUCCAUUAAGGCCUAAAAUAACAAGUGUCUUCACCAGUUGGCCAAGAAAUAAGUAUGAUAUUGGAAUAAAUUAAUAACAAUUGAUUCAAUUAAUUUCAGUUUCAGUCCCUCUGAUUUUUCACGUGACUGCUGCAAGAUGAGCAACGCCUGGCUGUAAGAUGUGUGGCACGAGGUGUUAUCUGGGCUUCUCUGAUAUGCUUAAGCUUUUUUAAUUGGCUAAACUCUACCAUAUUCUGAUCCAUAGCUAUUUCAGGGCACAUAUGACAUAGGCGGUUUGAAGACAUGCCUGGCAGAAAUGGGAAAGGAACAAUACAAUACAACUCACUAGAAAAUCAAUUAGCAGCAGGAUGAUCAUAAUAACUGCAGCAAAGUUCAUAAUACUCCUCCCAGAAUACACAUGCUCUGUGAAGUUUACUGUUUUAUGGAUUUUAAGUGUAAAAUUCUUUAGUGCUUGUAUUGAGUGACAUUCAUCUGCAAUGAAAUUCCCAAUUAAUUGUAGAAUAGUUUGUUGCUGUCAAUAAAAAGGACCUUUUUUAGUCAGUCAAAGAGAAAUAUGCCAGCUCAGACUGGAGAAAUGAAGCAGUGACAACCUUACAACCACAGACUCCUGGCAGCUGCCAUUUCUGAAAGUUAAUCCAUAAAUCUCCUGUAAUCAGGAUGAGUGGCCAUGCCUGUCUUAACAGAGCACCUGUGUCAAGAUUUGGAAGGAUUCUUCAGUGAUGGGAGGCCUAAGUGUCCGAUCGAAGGGCUUGGGAGGAGGGGACAGGCAGGGACACGGCUCUGUCCUGCGGGAUCAGACAGUCCACAGUAAGAAUCCAUACUGGAAGGACUAAACAGAAACAGCAGGAGCAAUGAUCUGAUCACCCAGAGAGACGUGGACAAUGCUAAAACAUCUUUUGAGCACUUUAAAUGAUUCCAGGGAGUGAGCGGCGAGGACGCAGAUGAUGAUGAAGUGCCUGCUGAGCAUGUGAGUCCUGGCUUGUGCUGGCCAGAUGGCUGAGGUUAAAGUCACAGUGCAGGAGGAUCCAAAUCUUGGCUCCAGUCCAGAUGAGGAUGCCUCUGAGUUGUCAGUUUCUGAGAAUGAUUCAGAUUCUGGGAGUGUGUUGUCAGAUGACUCUGUGCUCCCGAACUAUGAACGGGAAGAUGCCAGUGGAGGCUCUGCCAACACCUUGUACCAAGCCUGUGCCAAGAACAAUGCGGCAGCCCUCCGCAGAGUUCUGGAGAGGGGUGUCACAAGAGAAGAAGUCAUGGAACUAGACAUAAAUGGCAGGAACGGUCUGAUGGUGGCAGUCUCAAAAGGCUUUGUGGAUCUGGUGUAUGGACUCAAUCAGUGUCCAUUUCUAGAUAUCAAUCAUCAGGAUAAUGACGGCAACACUGCACUCAUGAUUGCUGCACAGGCUGGUUUCGCAGUCAUCCUCACCUAUAUCCUAAAUUACUUCAGCGGUGUGGACAUGGAGCUCCGGGACAACCGAGGCUUCACCGCACUCCUCAAGGCAGUCAUGCAGGGCAGCGAUGACUGUGUGGCUUCACUUCUCAUGGCUGGAGCCAACAUAAAUGUUGUGGAUGCCACAAGGGGGAAGGAUAUACGAGAAUGGGCUCUGAAGACAGGUCGUUUUGAGACAUUAAACAGACUUAGACGGCUGAACAGCAGGCCUCAGGCUGAACAAUUCUGUGAAAAAUAUGUCCCAGAGUGGCCAGACCUGAAGGAGCUAGUGGCCAAGGCCACAGCCACAAAAAGCACAGGACAGAAAGUCGCCCAUCGCCUGAAGUCUACAUUCACCUUUAGCUUUCCACAUGACCCCCAGGACAAUGGCAUCAUGGACCAUAUGGUGCGCAUAACCACAAGCAUCCAUAGUCCCUUGGUGGUCACCGGAUGCCGUCCUCUUUGUCCGCUGAGCCCGCCGGAGAUUGGAAAGAGGCGCCUGGCCGUGCCUGAACUGAUGCAGAUGCACCCUGGGAAAAAGCUUGAGGAACAUGAGACGCGGCACAGCAAUGGCUCCAUCUCUGUCGCAUCUACCUCCGCCUCUUCUGUGUCGCUGGGCUCAUGCUGCUCCGACUCAGAGCGGAAAGGCAGCAUGCUCUCCAUGGCCUCCAAUGGAGUCCGCAUGUUCGUCCCACGCAGCAUGGCCCGCCACAAUAGCGUGUUCCCCACCGGCUGCGUUCCCCAAAUCAAAGUGACCAAGUCUGGAGAGCCAACGCCCAAGGAGAAGAAGAAUAAGCUAACCAAAGGUUACUUAGAGCCACCGAUAUGGAAGUAUAAGGAGGCUAAAGAGGAGAAGAAAAAGGAAAAAGCAGGACAAGACAAAAUGGAUAAAGGAGGCAAGAAAAAAGCUAAAAAAUAAAUAAACUGCCAACAGGUUGCCAUGAUGCUCUCAGAUUUGUCUGCCAUCAUUCUAGACCUUUCAUGUCUGUUUCAGGAGUUAAAGGGAAAUGUAGCUUGCUUUCACAGUCGUUUUAAAUGAAUGGAUAGCAGGACAAGGCAGUGUAAAGUCAUCUGAUUAAUUUAUAUAACCUCAAUACGAUUAAUACCUCUCCAACAACCAGUAGGCCUGUAUUUACUCUAUUUCAGGCCCACAAUACUUAAUGUGUUUGCUAAGGCCACGUUAUUCACUGUAAUGGAUAAUUUUACAAAAGACUUUUUAAUCUACACUACCAUUCAGAAGUUUGUUUUCAGUAUGAUUUAUGAUUUAUUUAAUGUUUUUGAAAGUCUCUUGUGUUCACCAAGGCUACAUGUAUUCAAUACAACAUAACUGUUUUCUAUUUUAGUAUAUUUUAAAAUGUAAUUUAUUCCUGUAAUGGCAAAGCUAAAUUUUCAGAAGUGUUUACUCAAGUCGUUAGUGUCAUAUGAAUCUUCAGAAAUCAUACUAAUACGCUAAUUUGGUUCGCAGCAGAACCUCUUAUUAUUAUCAAUGUUGAAAACAGUUAGGCUUUUUAAUACUUUUGUGGAAACUGAAGAAUAUUUUUCAGGAUUCCUUGAUAAAUAAGAAGAAGAGAACAGCAUUAAAUUCAAAUAAAACUCUUUUGUUACAUUAUAAAUGUCUUUAAUAUCACUUUUGAUCAAAUUAAUGCAUCCUUGAUGUCAUUUUCUUUAAAAAAGAAAGAAAGAAAAUCAUACUGACCCCAAACCUUUAAACGGUAGUGUAUUUGUACCUGUACUAUUGUAAUUUGUCUGCAUUACACUAUUCUGCAAGCACUUUAAUAGUUUUCUAUCAUACAGGCAAAAGGACAAUUCCAAUAUUUAUUUUUCCUCUUUGCCUCUAUGUAAUUACAUUUGAAAUUAAAUGGAUGAAUUUGUUCAUUUUUUUGUGUUUUUGUGUCUCAGGGAAAGCACUUAUUGUGUACAUUAUAAAGGCAGGCACUAAAAUGACCCCUUGAAAAGAAAAACUAUGCAACACACAAAUUAUUAUUAUUAAUUAUUAUUAUUAUUAUUGGUGUGUGCAUGAUUAUCCUUUAGACUGCAAUAUGGAAACUGUUCUGUACAUUGCACCAGCCAAUAUGUUAUGUGUUCCUGUUUGUUUUGACUGACUAUACAUUGUUGUGAUAUUCUAGUUGGAUGAAGCAUAUUAAAAAAAGAGACUAAUUCAAUAAAGUUU